UUGUAUUGUCUCAACUUCAUCCCACGAGAUUAAGCUGCGAUUGUUUAAAAUUGUUUUGUCUACAAGCUGGUAUAUUUGCAGUUUCUUUUGAUAUUGUUGGUAAAAUUUAUGGAUUACAUGUAGUAAUUUCUUAACAAUUUACCGGUUUCUACGCAAUGUAAUUGAGUAGUAAUUUGUUUUUUGUAGAUACAGAAUAUAUUUUCUAGACAUCGUUUCUAUUUUGUUGAAAAAAAAGUUAAUUCAGUGUUUGCAGUAAAUCAUCUUCAAAAGUAUGAUGCAGUUGAUAUGAUUAAUGUGUCUGCAAUAUAAUAGAGGAGUGAGAGUUUAAUUAUCAUUACCGGUAAUUCCCGCAUGAGCAGAUGGACUUUGUCUAUCACUUGACCAGUGUUCAUGGCGCCCGCCCGGUCGUAACAACAGUGAAACAGUGUCAGGGACAAGGUUUCUGGACUCCUGAGUCUCCGGUUUUCUGUCAGCACUACUCAGGUGUGACGUAGCCUGCUACACUGAGAGACUACAAGUAAUAGAAACACGUUGAUGUCGCUUGAUGUGUUAAAGUUUGACAGACUUCGUCAGUGUUUGUUUUAAGCCGCUAUCAGCAGAUUGACUUUUCACCAUGGCAACUGUUGUGCAGAUUUACGACACAGAGUGUACAGUGUGCAAUAAUGGCUUCAAGGUACCCAAGAUUCUACCCUGUGGUCAUCUCCUGUGUCGCGAAUGUGUCAUCUCCUGGAUGGAUUCGAAAUCUUACGCUGGAUGUCCUUUCUGUACCUGUCCUAUAGCAGGGCAUCAAGUACAUUCAUCUCAAAGUUCGGCCAAUAUUGCCGACGCCCUGCCUACCGACCCUGUGAUUGAAACGAUAGCAGAAAGUGCUCAGGUGCUAGUGCAGAAUAACAUGUGCACUAUAUGUGAUGACGUCACAGCUGAAUACAUCUGUAUACAGUGUGUGGAAAAGAUGUGUCCAUCGUGUAUGAAGAUACACAAGAAGAUGUCCAUCAGCCGCAGUCACGAUGUGGAGAGUGUCAUCACUGUGACACCUGAACGUCUGGCUGCCAGCCGCCCUGCACUGUGUGCUGACCACGGCGACAAACAGGCGGACAUAUUUUGCUCUGAUCACAACCUUGUUAUCUGCAAAUCGUGUUUUUCUAACAAACACAGUCAAUGCCAGGACGUCAUGUAUCUGGAUGAGAAAAUGAAGUCAGCUGACAACAUACUCGGUUCUUUGAGAGAGGAAUUGUCUAAGGCGGAGGAUAACUUUAAGCAAGCAAUAGGGAAUCUGCACGAGCGCGUGCAAACAGCAAAUGUCGCUAAACAGAAAAACAUGGCGCUGGUGGACAAGACAUGUGACCGACUUCAGGAGGUAGUGGAGGAAUGUCGUAAACAACUGAAGAAACUAAUUAGUGAUUCUAUUGGUAAAUUCAAUAAUUCCUUGUAUGACGUCAAAAUCGAGCUGGAGAAACGUUUAGGGAAAGUGACGUCACACAAACAUCUUGUGACGCGAGCCACAACAGUCAGACCACGUCCCGCGCUGAUACACGCAGCCCAGACUCUGCCAGACAGGGUCAACAGCCUCGACUUCAGUAAUGAACUGGAAGUAGAGGCCUGUGUCAAUCCAUGGCCAGAAGUAAAGAAACACUGUGAAGACGUGGUGAAGGUGAUGAACGUUAAACUCCAACGCCUGCAGCAACAUUUGACCGACGCUGAAGCAUCAGUCCUUGUGUUCCGCGAAAACUGUGGGACGAACAUUCGUCUGACAAACAGAACGACAGCACGGAUGGUAACGCUUAAUAAGAAAUACGAAAACGGCGUGGUCGUGUCACGUGACGCCAUGGUGGUGAACGUCUUGUAUGAAGUGAGAGUAGAUGAAAUAGGUCAGAGAAACACGAUUUACCUGGGUGUGACGGGAACCCCUCCCGCUGAUCUCACUGUCACCAAUUUUUACGAGGACGUGAAGGACUACGUCAUCAUCACGCCUACUGGGGUCCUGCGCAAGGAUUCUACGGACAAGAAUAAUGUCGGUAAAGCUCUAAAGUCCAUCAAAGUCGGCAGUCGUGUUGGAGUGGUGGUAGACUCAUCAAAGAGCCUCCAUCUUUAUGUCGAUGGACAAGACCAGGGAGUUGCACAAAAAUUUGUCAGGCAGCCCUGCUUCGCCGUCUUUGAUCUUCGCGAAAACGGAAUUCAGGUAACCGCCCUUCCCACAUGUAGGUGGGUAUGAAGCAUAUGAAAGGAAAAUACAGGAUGAACAAUAAUAACAGCGAUAAUAAUUAUGUGGCUGAACUCUUCAUCGACAUGAGAGAUCAUUAGUUCCAAUAACCGUUGCAAAUUUGUGUGUUUCGUCAACUGAGAGAUGUAGUAAACAAAAGUAAGUAGCAUAACUGAGCUAUUGUUUUGCUUAUUACCCUAUAAGCGAGUCGUUUUGUUUUCUUUGAUGUUUUAAAGGGAAAACACUUACCUCCUCCAAGAAUUAAUUUUUUUCUUGGCUUCUUAUGAUGUCGAAAAAUUGUAGCCAAUCAUAGGAAAAUGUGUCAGAGCUUUCUUAUUGUGCGAAAAUAUGUAUUAGCAAAAUGUUAAGCGUUAUUGUGGGAGAUGGAUUGACAAUGCAUCUUUGUAAUAUUUCUAACUGUGCAAUAUUAUUUCUUUAACAUUAUUUGCGUUUUUGAAUACUAUAUACUCAGUAUGUUCAAAACUUUCAUAGUGUCACCAAUAACUUUACUACCUGUCAAUGGAACAUUAAAAAACUUAUUACUUUACAAACUGUUUGCUGUUACCGAUGUAUUUUUGUUUUACAUUUUAUAAUUAAGUAAUCACAAAGUAUAUGUAAGUCAUAUGAGUUGACGACUCAAUUAAACAAGUUAUAAAUUUAUUUAGAGGAUAUAAACAAGCCACGUGCAUGAGUGAAAAAAAACUAUUAUGUUUGCAUUUCUUUCUAUUGUUUGUUUAGUCUGGUAGCCUCUGUAAAGUUUGCUUUCUUAAUAUGUAUAUGCAUUUAAUACUUACUCAUGUAUUCCAAGGUAUAAAUGUCUUGUUCUAUUCUCUAAAUUUUAUCACACGAGGCUUCAUGCUACAUUUAAAAAAAAUCGUUCUGCUACAAGCUGGUAUCCUGUAAUUUCCUUUACAGUUUUUGGUGGACGUUAGAGAUGACGUAUAUUCGUUACUUUACAAUUUAAAAUGUUCUACCCCAUGUGAUUAUGUAAUAAAUUUUUUUUUUUUUCAUUAUAUACAGUGUAGGGCAAUUAAGCCGUGGGAUUAAGUUGAAAUGCUUGGAUCCAAAUUUUUCGACACUAUGGAUCAUACGGACCUGGAGAAACACUCGAGAUGGGUGUUGACAACUGUCAUGUUGGCAUUUCGAAUGUCCGUGAUCGAUAUACUAUAAAAGAUGCGAAAAUGUUUUAAAUGUAUUUGAUAUCUUUUGUUAUUCUUAAAUAAUAAUUUCUUAUUAAUUUCACGAUCAUUAAUGACGUUUUAAUAUGCAGCAAGCCAUUUCGAGGAACUACUGUCAAAAUUGCGACUCGCGACAAGUGAAAAAGGAAAAACAUUUAUUUUUCACUAUUUAUUGCAAUUAAUGCGUUAUCAAAAAAUAUUUAAACCGCGGCUAAGCAGUAUGGACCUCAGUCACCGCGGUUUAAUGGCCCUACACUGUUUAUGAGCUGAAUGCGCAGGCUCGGGUAUCGCAGUAAUAGUGAGCAAUGAGUCAGCCUCGUUCAGUAUACAUUUGAACUCGGUAGUUACAGAAUUCAUUCUGUAAGUAUUCAAUUGAAAUAUAUAGCUAGAAUGCAUUCUGUGGCCACAGAACGGAAUUGGAUAUAUUAAAUGAAUUGGAUAGCAAGUCUUAAUUAUAAUAUAAAUGAAAUACUUUGGUUUUAUCGAGUUUUUCUCUCUCUAGCUAUAGAAUGCAAUACAUAACCUUAGAACACAUUAAAUGCAUAUAAAAUGCAUUGCAUAAAUUAAAGAGAAAAUUGGAGAAAAUUCACCUCUUGGCGCUUCAAAUUGGUACAGAAAUUUAAACAAAAGGACAACCAAUAGGAUGAAGCAAUAUAAAUGUCAGAAUGUGAGGACAACAGAUUAAAAAGUUAUUUGUUUUUUUUUUUGCUGGUCUUUCGAUGCUUUUGUAUACUUUAUUCUGUGAUAGUACUGAUUAAACCUAAUAAUGAAUCUUGUGAUUGGUAGAGAUAAGAGAUGAGAAUGGUGGGAGGAUGACGAGUGAAUCGUGCGUGUGUGUGCUUGGGUAAACGUCUUCUCACAGUACGGCAGUUGCGUAGCGGACAUUUCUCACCCCCCCCCCCCCAAAAAAAAAAAAAAAAAAAAAA